AUGGAAAGCGACCCCGAGUUCUUGUCCCACUUGCAGCAACUGGGUUCCGAGUACAAACGGCUGAAGGAACAACGCGAGGAGGCUCAACGGCUAGCUGAAGCCCUGAAGGCCCAGAACAACCAGCUAGCUACAGCUAAUCAGGAACUGGCGAGGCAGCGCAAGGAGCUCUUGAUUGAAAACAAAACCAUUAUAGAAAAGCUGCAAGCGACGACUCACGAAAAGACGCUGUUGGAACAGCAACAUCAGGACCAGCAAAGCCAGCUCCAGACUGUGCAGAAGGAGCUGCAACAGCAACAGCAGGCAGCGGCGGCAGCAGCAGAAGCAGCCGCCGCCGAACGCGAAGCUAUUAACUUGAGGCUGAGUGAAGCUACUCAUAAAGCAACAGUAGCUGCAGCCGCUGCUGAAAAACAGCUAAAGGAUGUUCAGGAAGCCUCAGCAGCCUUCAAGGCAAAAGCAGAGGCGCAGCAGAAGCAGCUGACAGAAGCCAAUGCCAAACUUAACCUUGAGAAUAAGGAGCUUUCGGAACGCAGCAAGGAGCUCAAUGAGCGAAACCGAAACCUUCAGAAAAAAAGGCAGGAGCUUGCUGAGCAGGUAAAAGCCUUAGAGGCCAUGCAACGGCGCAGCAAUGAGGAGCAGCAACAGCUUCAGCAACAGCUUCAGCAGCAGCAGGAGGAACUACGCUCCGUCAAGCAAGCCAACAGGACGCUUCUAACAAAGAGCAAACAGCAGCAAGAGGAGAGGCAGGACGCUCUUAAGCAGCUGCGGCAGCAACUGCAAGAGCUGCAGCACCAGCAGCAGCAGCAGCAGGAACAGCUUGAGAAACGCACGCAAGAAAUAGCAGCAGCAGAGGCACAACUGCUUCAGCAGCAGCAGGCGGCAGCAGCUCAACAAGAGCUGCUGAAACAACAAAUCGAGCAGCAGCAACAGCAGUUGAGAGCCGCCGUAGCGGCGAAUACGAAAGCAUCAGAUGACCUCAACACUGAAAAGGCACGCGCAGCAGAAGACCGUAUGCACUUUGAGAUACAACUUCAGGACCUGCAACAGCUGCAGCAACAAACAGCGGCAGCAGCUGCUGCAGCAACAGAAGAACAGCAAGAGGCACUCAGGAGAGUUGAUGCUCUUUGCAGUGAACGACAAAGGGCAUACGAACAUCUGGGACCUCUUCUGCUGCCGGUACGGCACCGCAGCAGCCUCUGCAGCAGCAGUAGCAAGCGCAGCUGCAGCAACAACAGCAAGCGCGGCAGCAGCGACGGAGAGGACGACCCAGAAGAUCGAGACAGCGGCGCCUUAGUAGCAGCAGCAAAACGCGCUGCAGCAGCCUAUCUGCAAUUGCGGAGCGAGCACGAGAGGGUCUGCCAGGAAGCAGAGCUGCUACAGCAGGAGCUGCAACAGCAGCAGCAACAGCAGCACAGGCUACAACGAGAGAUUAGGAUGGCGGCGGAAGAGACUCAAGCGGCUAUCAGAGAGAAGAGAGAGCUGGCUGCUCACUAUGCCGCUCUUGCACAGGGGGUGCAGCAGCUGGCCCGCGACAGCGAAUCGUUCGGGGGUUGCGGUUUGCUGCAAGAGAGGAAGGAGCACGGCACUUCGCUUGUGCCCGUUAGAACCAACACUCCCCCAACCCCCCAGGCGCAUACAGCCCAAGAGUGGAAUUCUCUUUCCGCGAGGGCAUCAACCACUGACAGCUAUGCAGUCCCUUCACCGCACGCUCAAACCUAA